UUCUAAUAUAGUCAAACUGUCGUAGGGGAAACUAUAUGCGCACACCAAACUAUUCCUAACGACCAGUCUUCUCCAUUGAUAAUGCAACAAGUUCUCCACCAACUCCACGCAUAAUCAUCUCAUCAAUGUCGACUCCAUGUUCAAUCUCUUCAGGCUCUUCCUCUUUCUUCAACAAGAUUUCCCAGAAAGAUGGGGGUCAAUAUGCGCAGCCCUCGUUUGCGAUCACCAUUUCCAAGCAAAAACAAGCAUCAAGGAAGAUCGUUUCUAUCAUGACACCACAAACAUCUGAACGUAAACCAUCAACAACUGGUUCAGUAAAGACAGGAAUGACGAUGACAGAAAAAAUAUUUUCUCGAGCUUCUGAAAAAUCCCAUCUGAUCCCCGGUGAGAAUGUUUGGGUCAACGUUGACACUUUGAUGACCCAUGAUGUUUGUGGUCCUGGUGCUAUAGGAGUCUUCAAGAAAGAAUUUGGCAACAAUGCUAAGGUUUGGGAUCGUGAAAAGAUUGUCAUCAUACCUGACCACUAUAUAUUCACAAGUGAUGAAAGGGCAAACAGAAAUGUUGAUAUCUUAAGGGAUUUCUCAAACGAGCAAAACAUAAAGUAUUUCUAUGAUAUAACGGAUCGUGGUAAUUUCAAGGCUAAUCCUGAUUAUAAAGGUGUAUGUCAUAUUGCUCUUGCACAAGAAGGCCAUUGCAGACCUGGAGAGAUUCUUCUUGGUACUGAUUCCCACACAUGUACUGCUGGAGCAUUUGGCCAGUUUGCAACCGGAAUUGGAAACACGGAUGCCGGUUUUGUGUUGGGAACCGGAAAGCUUUUGCUUAAGGUACCUCCAACUUUAAGAUUUGUGAUGGAUGGAGAAAUGCCAGAUUAUCUUCUUGCAAAGGAUUUGAUCCUACAAAUAAUUGGUGAAAUAUCUGUAUCUGGUGCAACAUAUAAAGCAAUGGAGUUUGUUGGGACAACUGUGGAAAGUCUAAGUAUGGAAGAAAGAAUGACAUUAUGCAACAUGGUGGUUGAAGCCGGGGGUAAGAAUGGUAUUGUUCCAGCCGAUGCUACAACAUUUAAAUACCUUGAGGACAAAACUUCUAUGCCUUAUGAACCAGUCUACAGUGAUGAUCAAGCAAGAUUUCUUUCCGAAUAUAGAAUUGAUGUCACAAAAUUGGAGCCACUCGUGGCAAAGCCACAUUCUCCUGAUAAUCGUGCUUUAGCACGAGAAUGCAAGGAUGUGAAACUAGACAGAGUGUAUAUUGGGUCAUGCACAGGAGGCAAAACCGAGGAUUUUCUAGCUGCUGCUAGAGUUUUCCUAGCUUCCGGUGGUAAUGGUAAGGUCAAAGUUCCCACAUUCAUUGUCCCGGCUACACAAAAGGUGUGGAUGGACUUGUAUACCCUACCAGUGCCAGGUUCGGGUGGCAAAACUUGUUCCCAGAUAUUUGAACAAGCGGGCUGCGAUUCACCUAGGAGUCCUAGUUGUGGUGCUUGUGUGGGUGGUCCAUUGGAUAAUUAUGCACGAAUGAAUGAACCUCAGGUUUGUUUAUCAACCACCAAUCGGAACUUUCCGGGUCGCAUGGGACACAAAGCUGGUCAAAUCUAUUUAGCUUCUCCUUACACUGCUGCAGCUUCCGCUUUGACUGGUUUUGUUACUGAUCCAAGAGUGUUUCUUCAUUGACAUCAUCCAUGCGUUACAAAAACAUUUGUAUAAGUUUUGAAAUAUCAAAAUUCGUUGCUACAUCCGUUAGGUAAUUCGAGA